AUGUCGUCUUUGAAGCGAUCGCAUCGCGCCAUCAGCAACCUUGACUCGGCAAACGGCACCGGCGUGGAGCAGGCCAGCUCGAGCUUCAGCAACGAUGCCGCCAGAAAACGCGUGCGCGUUUCGGUCGGUCGCCCCGUAAAGCCUACAGCGCCGCGCGAACCGAGUGCCGUGUCCGAGGAGUCCGAACAGUCCGAACAAAGCGCCGGCGAAGAGUCUCGCAACGGCCGCGACUCUCCUCCCCGAACCCAGUAUGAGAUUAUGCGAGACGGCGGCUUUCGCCAUCUCGAGAACGAAGAGCUAGACGACCAACGUGCGACACAAGCCAUCAACGCUCGCUCGCAUCGGGUCGGUGACAACCGCGCAGCCGAGAAUGGAAUCAUCGAAAACGUCGAGUGCAUCAACUUCAUGUGCCAUGAACGCCUCUACGUCGAGCUCGGCCCCCUCAUCAACUUUAUCGUCGGCGAGAACGGCAGCGGCAAGAGCGCCGUGCUGACCGCCCUCACGCUCUGCCUAGGCGCCAAGGCGAGCUCCACAAACCGCGGAGGCAGCCUCAAGAGCUUCAUCAAGGAGGGCCGCGACCAGGCCGUCAUCACCGUCUGCAUCAAGAACCAGGGACAGGAUGCGUACCAGCCCGACUUGUACGGCGAGACGAUCAGGGUGGAGCGCCACUUCUCGAGGUCCGGCACGAGCGGCUUCCGCCUGAAGAGCGAGCGCGGCAAGACCAUCUCUACAAAGAAGGCCGAAAUCGACGAAAUCACAGAAUACUGGGGCCUGCAGGUCGACAAUCCGCUGAACGUCCUAUCCCAGGACAAUGCGCGUCAGUUCCUCAACUCGGCCACGCCCGCCGUCAAGUACAAGUAUUUCUUCAAGGGCGUCCAGCUGGAGCAGCUCGACCACAACUACAAACUUAUAUCGGAAAUGCUGGACAGCCAUGAGGAGAAGCUGGUCAAGCUCAAGGAUGAUGCCGCCCAACUGGAAGUCAAAUACCAGAGGGCCAAGAAGGACAAGCAGGCCGUCGAGGCCAAUCUUGGCUUGCGCGCAGAGGGCCAGCGAAUCCGCACGCAGCUGGCCUGGUGUCAGGUUGUGGAUGCUGAGCGGGGUCUUGCGCAACAACAAGCGCAGCUGGAGGCCCUCACCUCGAAACUCGUCGAGGAUGCGCGGAACAUUGACAAGGCCACGGGGCAACUCACGACGUGCGAUGAAAAGAUUGAGCAGCUCGAAGCCUGUUGUGGCGGAAAAGAGGCGAAAGCGAAACUGGAAGAUCACCGUCGCGAAGAACGCGAAGCCCACGCUCAAAUCAAGAACGCCAGGGCAAGCGUUGCCAGUUGGAAGGAAAAAAUUGCAGCAGAAGAGCAACGGCUCGGCGAAGAGUCUGGAAGUGCUCGCCAGAAAUUGCAGGAACAGCUCGACGAGGCAAACGCCGAGGAGGCUCGCUUGCAACAUCAGAUUCUCGAGGGCAACGCGCAGUUGCCCAUUCUGGUCAAGGAGAGCGACGCUGCCGCUGAACACGUCACACAAUGCGAGAAACGCCUGAAUGCCAAGGGGAAAGAGGUCCAGGAUGCGAGAGGACGCAUCCAGAACCUGCAAAGCAACAACCGAUCGCCCUAUGCGGCUUUCGAUCCCAAGAUCCCUCAGCUUCUCAAGGCCAUUGAGCGAGACGAUGGGUUUGAGAGACGGCCCGUAGGUCCCGUUGGACUCCAUAUGCAACUGCUCAAACCUGUCUGGUCAUCGAUUCUCGAGACAACGUUCGGCCAGUUUCUCAACAGCUUCCUGGUCGUGAACAAGCAGGACCAGCGACGUCUCGUCGAACUCAUGCGUCAGAUCGGCAUCCGGAACGUCCCAGUCACGAUCGGAAAGCCUCUACCUCCGGGCACUAAGCUGAAGGAACCGGAUGGGCAGUUCUUGACGAUUCUUCGUGCUCUCAAGAUCGAGGAUGACUGGGUGCGCGAUCAGCUCAUCGUCAACUACAUGAUCGAAAAGAUCAUCCUCGUUGAGAGGAGAGAGGAUGCCGAGGAUAUCAUGUACGGCAGCGAGGGCCCGCCGCGCGAUGUGUCUGUCAGUCUCAGUCUCCACGACCGCAAGCGGAAUCAAGGUAUCCGUAUUCAAGUCAGGCCAUCGGGCAUUUCGACGAGUACUGUCAGCGAGUUCAAGAGGGCCCCGCGCAUGAAGUCAGAUGUCGAGACCCAGAUUGGCCUGCACGAAGAAACGCUGCGACUCCUCGACGGCGAGUUUCAGGAGCUGCGCAAGGAAAAAGCGACACUUGAGACGGCUCGAAGGCACUGCCACGAGCAGGUGACGCGGUUGAGGCAAACCAACGACAAGCUGGAGGCCGCCAUCACCAAGAUUGCCGCCAAGAUUACGAACCUCAACGAAGAGAAUGACCAGUACGAAGGUGCCGAUGGACGACUAGCCCAAUACCAGGAAGAACUCAAGCUGGCCGAACUCGACAAGGAGCAUCACGGCACCCAGUACGGAGAACUGCACGUCAAACGAGACUCGCUCAACAAGGAAGUCGAGGAGCAGAAGAGGAAGCUCAACCACGAAAAGGAGAAGAUCAAGGAUCUGGAGGCACAGCUCAACAAGGUCGACAGAAAGCUGCAGCAGGCCCGGGAUCUCCGCCAGAUGGCCGUCGUGGCCAAGAACACGGCCUACGAUACGCAGGCAGAGACCGAGACUCUCAAGCACCGCGCCGAGCAAGAAUGCGCCUACCAGGCCCAAGCUGUGGCCGAGUGCACCGAGGGCGCCUCGGCCCAGUCCCCGAACCCUCAAGCAGCGAGCGGAACGCAUCGGCGCACGGACGAGCAGAUCAACGAUCGGCUGCGCGAGGCCAAAGCCGCUUUCCUGGCGGCGUCCCAGGAGUUUGAGUCGCAGCAAAGCUUCCAGCAGGACGCGAAGCGCUCGCUGGCCGAUCGACUCGUCAGGUGGCGCCACUUUCAGCAGCACAUCUCAGCGCACUCGAGGAUCAACUUCCGAUACCUCCUCAGCGAGCGCGGGUUCAGGGGAAACAUCUCUCGGCAAUGGUGGUGGAUUCUGCAGCUGUCUGUGGAACCCGACGAGACGCGCAAGAACGCGGGCGGCCGGAGCACAAAAACAUUGUCUGGAGGCGAAAAGUCCUUCUCGUCCAUCUGUAUGCUGCUGGCCAUUUGGGAGGCCAUGGGAUCGCCGCUGCGAUGUCUCGACGAAUUCGACGUUUUCAUGGACAACGUCAACCGAACGAUUAGCACCAAGAUGCUGAUUGAUGCGGCUCGACGCUCGGUCAGCCGUCAGUACAUUAUGAUCACCCCCAACGCCAUCGAGGGACGGGCUUCGUUGGGCAAGGACGUCAAUAUUAUCCGUUUGACCGAUCCGCGCCAACGAACGCUCCCGCAGAUGACGUGA